GGGAUCUGUUGCAGGCAGGGGAAGGCGUGACCUGAAUGGAGAAUGCCAGCCAAUUCUAGAGACACACGGGGACCUCAGAACAAAGAUAAGGCAUCGCUGACACCACUCCCGGGACACACUCACAGACACGUCAGGCCCGGGGGGACCAAGGUCUGGCAGCCGCUGGAGCAUUGGAGACAGGAAAAUGAGGUGGCUCUUUCUCUGUCAUGCUCUGGGUUUCUUGGUGAAAGCUUUGGCCCACACUGUGGAGCUAAACAAUAUGUUUGGCCAGAUCCAGUCACCUGGCUACCCAGAUUCCUACCCUAGUGACUCGGAGGUAACUUGGAAUAUCACAGUUCCAGAGGGAUUUCGGAUCAAGCUUUACUUCAUGCACUUCAACUUGGAAUCCUCCUACCUUUGUGAAUAUGACUACGUGAAGGUAGAAACUGAAGACCAGGUGCUCGCCACCUUCUGUGGCAGGGAGACCACAGACACGGAGCAGACCCCUGGCCAGGAGGCGGUGCUCUCCCCAGGCUCCUUCAUGUCUGUCACUUUUCGGUCCGAUUUCUCCAAUGAGGAGCGAUUCACUGGCUUUGAUGCCCACUACAUGGCUGUGGAUGUGGACGAGUGCACAGAACAGGAGGAUGAGGAGCUGUCCUGUGACCACUACUGCCACAACUACAUCGGCGGCUACUACUGCUCCUGCCGCUUUGGCUACAUCCUCCACACAGACAACAGGACCUGCAGAGUGGAGUGCAGUGACAACCUCUUUACCCAGAGGACCGGUGUGAUCACCAGCCCAGACUUCCCUAACCCUUACCCCAAGAGCUCUGAAUGCUUCUACACAAUCGAGCUGGAGGAAGGUUUUAUGAUCAGCCUACAGUUUGAGGACAUUUUUGACAUUGAGGACCAUCCAGAAGUGCCCUGCCCCUAUGACUACAUCAAGAUUAAGGCUGGUUCAAAUGUGUUUGGACCCUUCUGUGGAGAGAAAGCCCCCGAACCAAUCAAUACUCAGAGCCACAGCAUCCAGAUCAUGUUCCGAAGUGACAACUCUGGCGAGAACCGGGGCUGGAGGCUGGCCUACACGGCGGCAGGAAACGAGUGCCCGGAGCUACGGCCUCCUCUCCAUGGGAAAAUCGAGCCCUUGCAGACCAACUAUACCUUCAAGGACCAGGUGCUCAUCAGCUGUGACACUGGCUACAAAGUGCUAAAGGACGGUGUGGAGAUGGACACAUUCCAAAUUGAGUGUCUGAAGGACGGGACAUGGAGCAACAAGAUCCCCAUCUGUAAAAUGGCAGAUUGUGGAAUCCCAGCAGAACUGGAACAUGGGUUGGUCAUCUUCUCCUCCAGGAAAAACCUUACCACAUACAAAUCUGAAAUCAGAUACUCUUGCCAACAGCCCUACUACAAAAUGCUUCACAAUAUUACAGGUAUAUAUACCUGCUCUGCCCAAGGAGUCUGGGUGAAUGAACGACUGGGGAGAAGCCUGCCCACCUGCCUGCCAGUGUGUGGUCAACCCUCCCGCUCUCUGCCAAACCUGGUCAAGCGGAUCAUUGGAGGCCGGAAUGCUGAGCCGGGCCUCUUUCCCUGGCAGGCCCUCAUCGUGGUGGAGGACACGUCGAGAGUGCCCAAUGACAAGUGGUUCGGGAGCGGGGCCCUGCUCUCCGAGUCCUGGAUCCUCACGGCGGCCCAUGUGCUGCGCUCCCAACGCAGAGACAACACGGUGACCCCGGUGUCCAGGGAACACGUCACCGUCUACCUGGGUCUUCAUGACGUGCGAGACAAGUCAGGGGCUGUGAACAGCUCAGCGGCCCAAGUGCUGCUCCACCCAGAUUUCAACAUCCAGACCUACAACAACGACAUAGCGCUGGUGCAGCUGCAGGAGCCCGUGCCCUUGGGACCCCACGUCAUGCCCAUCUGCCUGCCCAGGCCAGAACCAGAAGGCCCAGCACCCUACAUGCUGGGCCUGGUGGCCGGCUGGGGCAUCUCCAAUCCCAACGUGACGGUGGAUGAGAUCAUCAGCAGCGGCACACGGACCUUGUCGGAUGUCCUACAAUAUGUCAAGUUACCUGUGGUGCCACAUGCCGAGUGCAAAACCAGCUAUGAGUCCCGCUCAGGCAACUACAGCGUCACCGAGAACAUGUUCUGUGCUGGCUACUACGAGGGGGGCAAGGACACAUGCCUUGGAGACAGUGGUGGGGCCUUCGUCAUCUUCGAUGAACUGAGUCAGCUCUGGGUGGCCCAGGGCCUGGUGUCAUGGGGGGGACCUGAAGAAUGUGGCAGCAAGCAAGUUUAUGGGGUCUACACGAAGGUCUCCAACUACGUAGACUGGGUGUGGGAGCAGCUGGGCUCCCCACAAGGUCUCGGGGAGCUCCGGGUGGAGCGGUGAGCCCAACAAACCUCCCGCUAAGCCCAAACGGGGCUCUGCCACACACUCCUGAUGGCACACUCCAAGUUACUCACAGACCCCAGGAAUGGAAGACAUUGACCCUCCUCCUGACAUAAACUCCCAGGACCCAGAGAGGCAGCUGUGUGGUUUAGGGAAGACUCUCAACAGGAGACUGGGUCCAGGCCCUUCCCCUUCUGGGGUCUCCCUCUCCCCAGUUACAAUGAGGGAGCCAGCCUUGCUGGGGAAAUGCCAGCCCCUCUCUCUAGGCCUCACGUCAGGCUUUUUUUCACUCCUAUUCACUUAUCACACGCAUCCGUCUCACUAGCAGUGUCACAGAGCUGGAGCCAAUUAUUGGAAACUGUUUUCUUCCAUUGAGCUGAGCUCUGAGUCCGGUUCCCUAUGUAUGAACAGCCCUCUGGGCAGAGAGAGGUCUCAUUUUUUCUUCUGUAAUAAAACCACUCAGGUUUUAAGAAGAUAAGAUCAUGCCCCAGAGGCCUCACUCUCCCCGUAUAAUUAGUUUGACUCUGGAAGUUUUCUUCCAAAAGGUUUUUGCUUCUAAACCUUAACACUCCUAUUAUCUAUUAAUGGAACUUCAGAACACAGAGCAAAUUUGGGAAGAUUUACCAAGAUUGGGGGAGGAAAAUAACUGUGGACCGGUUCCUCCCUCCUAAGGGGGUGCCCUUAUCUUUGUUCUGUCACCUAUAACUCACCUUUGGGGUCUGCGUGCAGCUCUCAAGUACCAGCUGACAAUACAGAGUUUGUGUGUGGAAGUUUGCAUCUUCCACACCAGGUGAGCAGGUCUAAAAUUCAGCUAUAAAACAGAUCAUCUAGAAAGUCUCUCAAACCCCAGCUUUUCAUGUGAAGGUGCAACUGAAUUUCUUGGAAUGAGGUAAAGGUCUACACUGGGACCUCCUGUGCAUCUGGAUAGGAAAAAGGAAGUAGAGUUGGCUCAGGACAUUAGGAGUAUAACCGAGUCCGCUAGGCUGUCCAGCACACUUGAGGUUUGAACUUUGCAGAGAAUCCAUCCAGCAUGGAUAUUCAAGAAGUCCACCGUUCUUGAUCCCAGAAGCCAGAGUCACCCAUGAACAAUAGCGAGAAGAAGCAGAGUCCUUUCUUGCCUCAGCUCUGCCCCCAGCUGGCUGGAUUACUCUUCUAGUUCCCCCAUCUGGCAAACAAAGAUUUCCCCCCAUCUGGGUCCUUCCAGCUCCGGCACUGAGCUUCUGAUCUCAGCAGUCACUCCCUGGUUCUCACAAAGCUGAGGAGCCUUCCUCUUCCCGGGUCACUCCCUCAUUGGAAUCCUCCAGAGAGAAGCCGCCGAGAAAACCCAGUGAGAGGAUUCUAAGAGACAGCUGGAAAGGGUGUGCGUUCCAAUCCGUUGAUCGAAGCAUCCCUAUGUCUCUGAAGGGUGCCUGUAGGGGAAGCUGCAUUUUGUUUAUUUUAUAUCACAUGCUUCACUGCCCUGUAAAGUGCCUCUGCACUCUCUGUUUCUCCUGCCAGGGUUUUAACGUGAAAAUAAA